AUGGCUUUUACGGCUCUGUUCACCCUGCCCCUACUUUUCCUGGCUGCGUUCCAAUGUAUUCCAGUCCGCGCUAUCUGGAAUCUUCAAGAGCAAGAAACUGCGAAAUGCAUCGACUAUAUCGCCGUCUUGAGACUGACGGUUGUAUACGAGAUCAUCGCUGAGACUAUCCUAUUCAGUCUUCCUAUCCCGAUUGUAUGGAAGCUGCAGAUGAAGACUGCAAAGAAGAUACAGCUACUCAUCUUCUUUAGCCUUGGUAUCUGUGACUGGCACAUCGAUUACUGGAUUCACCUCCAGUGGAGUUGCACAUAUAUGCGCUGCCGUCCCCACAAUCAGAAACCUGAUACGAUACUGCCAGAACGGGUUCAAGAUGCCCACGAAUAUUCCUUCAAGCUACACCACGGACCGCAGCACUUACAACUCUACGAGCAAACGAAGCUACAAGUCAUUGCAGGACAAAAAUAA